GCAACACUAUCAGAAUGCCUUCCACAAAUGAGUACGGACAGGGCAAGUCCCACGCCACCAGCGACUCUGCCGUGCCUGGAAAGAUGCAGGAGCAGGCACCGUCGGGCCUCGAGGAGGCUCUUCCAGAUUCUAUAAGCUCCACAUCUACAUCCAAGAAAGUGAACAGUAAGACUUAACAGCAUGCCAGGUGCACCCCACCGGCGGUAAUGCCGACCAAUCCACCUCCAAGACACACGCCAAGGAUGGUGGUGACGCCCC